UCACUUGGCGCACAGAGAGUGGAAGAGAGAGGGAGGGAGAGAGAGAGAGAGAGAGAGAGAGAUGGCGGUUGUUGACUCCGUCGCGCGCUCGGCGUCUCCGCGACCCUCGUCUUCUUCCUCGCCAUCGUCGAAGUCUUCCCUCUUCGCCGGGUCGCCGCUCGCUUUCUUGCCCGCUCGCGUUUCUGUAAAGCAGACGUGUCCGAACAGGCGGCUGGUGAUCGUUUCCAAGAAGAUAUCUGGCUUGGAAGAGGCCAUGAGAAUCAGGAGAGAACGCGAACUUCAAAGCACAAAAAAGUUCAAAAGAAGGCCACCUUUAAGGCGUGGAAGGGUAUCUCCGCCUCUUCCUGUGCCUGACCACAUACCAAAGCCUCCUUAUUUCGGUUCACCAUUGCUUCCAGAGCUUGCUAGUGAAUAUCAAAUUCACGAUUCUGACGGCAUUGCUCACAUGAGAGCUGCGUGUGAGCUUGCUGCGCGUGUUCUUGAUUAUGCAGGGAAGUUGGUUAAGCCAUCAGUGACAACAGAUGAAAUAGAUAAAGCAGUGCACCAGAUGAUUAUUGAAGCCGGUGCUUAUCCUUCUCCUCUUGGCUAUGGAGGAUUUCCCAAAAGUGUAUGCACAUCAGUUAAUGAAUGCAUGUGCCACGGAAUACCAGAUUCUCGUCAACUACAGGACGGUGACAUUAUAAACAUCGACGUGACUGUCUACUUAAAUGGUUAUCAUGGAGACACAUCAAAGACAUUUCUCUGUGGGAAUGUCAGUGAUGCACUUAAAAACCUCGUGAAGGUUACUGAAGAGUGCAUGGAAAGAGGCAUAGCAGUUUGCAAAGAUGGUGCAAGUUUUAAGAAAAUUGGAAAGAGAAUAAGUGAGCAUGCCGAGAAAUAUGGUUACGGAGUGGUCGAGCGGUUUGUUGGGCACGGAGUAGGAACCAUAUUUCAUUCUCAGCCAAUCAUUUAUCAUCAUCGAAAUGAAGAGCCUGGAACCAUGGUCGAGGGACAGACAUUCACAAUCGAACCGAUCCUUUCAUUGGGAAGCAUAGAGUGCAGAACGUGGCCGGACAAUUGGACAACUCUCACGGCGGACGGCGGCCCCGCCGCACAGUUCGAACACACCAUUUUGAUCACUAGAACCGGAGCUGAAAUCCUGACCCAGUGUUGAGAAACAUCAUGUUGACCCUCAUUUGUUUUUUUGUGGGGGUAUUAGCACAAGUUCAUUUUCGCUCUGUGUAGCUCAAGCAAAGUGUACAGAAAAGUUCCCUAAAGGCUGCAAAUGCUUAAUGAUGUCCAAUUCUGUGUCAUUUAGAUUUCAUUUCGAUUCAUUUUGGUAUUUCUUUGCCAAAACCCGAACUUUUGUAAAUGGACCUUCUUCCCCAGAUCAAAAUCUUAGUUGGGUUUAAA